UCUUCACAUGGGGUUAAAGAAGUGUAUGUGAUUUAAGGAGCAUUGAAAAAUCUACAGGGCUCUUGGUUCUGUGUCUCUAAGCUGAUCCUGAUUAUAGAAAAUUGCAGAAGAGAAUCAUUUAAAGCCUACUUAGAAAAAUUCAAAAAUUUCCCUGAUAUAAUGGAAAGUGUAGAUCCUUUAGCUUGGAAAUAAGGAAUUUGUGCGUAAAAAAAUAAUGACAAAUCAGAAUAUGCCAAAGGUAUAUACCAAUAAGUCUGUCCGAGUAAUGGCAUUGCCUCAUAAAGAGCGUAAUAAGUCAUGCUCCGUAGUCCCCAGGUUCCCUCGUUCGAACUAUUCUCAAUCAAAAUACCUGACCAACAGCUCACUUCGGAGUAUACGAAAUAUAUCUCCAAAAUUUAAGCGGAGAAUUCCAGCUAUCACCAAGAAAUACGAGAAAAAUCUCGCUUGAAAGAACUCUGAUAAGCCUAAAAUUGUUGGUCAGAUCAGCAGAAAACCUCAUGUCUGUUCAGCCCAUAACUGCUUUAACCUCUGUAAGCUGGAUGGAAUCAAGUUGAUGAGCAAGUAAUACAGCUACCCCAAAGAUGAAUAUGAAUCUGUUGCCCAGAAGUACGAAGACUAAUAGCCAAGAUCAUAUUGUAGACUUCAGAAGCAUCAAUAACUUUCAGAGCUAUGCAAACCUAUACAAUGCAGGCAGACGAGGCAGAGAGGUCCUUGCAGGAAUUUAUGAUGAACAAUUAUAAGCAGAAUAGACAAAGAAAAGUCACUUGAUCUCAUCUCUAUUAAAGGAAAAUAAAGCACCCUGUAAAAUAAAAAAGAUUAAAAGAGUCAAAGGAAGAAUCCUUCAGAAAGUUAGAAAGGAAUAACAAAGUCCUGCCACUAUGCGAUGUGGCAAAGAUCAAAAAGGCCACUUCAACUUCUCCAAAACAAAAUCCAUCAAAUACACUGCCUAAAAACUCCUGCCAAAUCCUACCCAAAGUAGAAAGAUCAAAAUCCUCAGCCCACAUCCACAAUACUAACAAAUCAAAUCUACUCAAAAUAACCAAGAACCACUAUAAAACCAACCCACCAAGCAUUCUAAAAUCCCAAACCGCUUCUCUACCCAAAAACCCCCAGACCCAGCUAAACCAAGACCUCGUCCUCUACCUUGCUGA